UGUCGAGGAAUUGAGGCAGGUGGUUGACCAUGCAGUUGGACAGAUCAUCAACCCUGCCAAGGUGAAGGAGAAACUUGUGGAGCAGCUUAAGACACAGAUAACUGAUCUUGAGAGGUUCAUUGAGUUUCUUCAAGGGGAAGCUACCAGCCCCGGACCUUUAGGAAAAGAUCGCUGCUUAUGUCCCAUGCAUGAGUGUAGCCAGACAUCAGCACCAUCCUCUGGCUGCAAACACAAAGGUGCUUCUCCAGCACAGCAGUCGAAACUGAAAUCUCAGUACAACUUCAGUGACACAGACCAGAACACUUCUAGUAACAAUCAGAUCAAUGACUCCACUGCUAACAUCAUGAAGAAGACUCUGACACUUCUACAAAUUUACAUCAUCAGUCAGCUGGGAUGUGGCAGUCGGGAUUUUAAACGCAACCUUCUGAAGAAGACCACUAAAGGAAACCAUUGGGGGGAUCUGAGAGCUAAGCUAGAGAUGGCUGUCACAAAAUGCAUUGAACUUGCUGAGCAACAGAAGCUGGAAGCUAAACAAGACACAGACAGUGAAGAUUACUCCUCAGAUUCAGAUGAGACCGUCCCUCAGUCGAGCCCAGCUUUAACGCAGUGUGUCCGCAAAGACCUGGCCAUGGCAAUCCGUGACCUUAUGGAGCAUGGGCUGAUGGAAAUUGGACAGUCUUCUAGUCUGGUCCCAUUCGGUUGCUUCCCGAGUCGGUCAGCUAGAGUCACACAGAUGCUUCAUGCAUGGGACUUGUUUCUCAAAUACUAUGAGAUGAAACAUGGUCGAGAGUACAACGAGUCCCCAGCCAGAAAACUCUCCCAGUCGUUUCACCUGGACAUGAUCGGCGGCAGGCCAAUCACCGCUAAGCAGACCUUCCUCGGAGCCAUUGACACAGUCAUCAAGUCCCACGCUCCACACAAGCGUAGUGAGGAUGCCCACCUGAAGGCGUUCAUUUGCUUGGCACUUAAUGAGAGAAAACUGGUCACCUGGCUGCGACUGUUGUUCAGAACACAGAUGUUGAUUGAUACGUAUUAUCAGGACUGGAGUUAUGUUGCUCGUACAGGAUUUGAAGAUGCUCUACAGUCACUAGAAAAAUUGCUGGUGAUCAACUUCAACUUGCCCGUUGACCUGGCAGUACGACCUUUCAGCAGCAUCCGGGAUGCUUUCUAA